AUGGCUGUCAUAGUCCGUCUUCUCGCUACCGCUACUGCUGUGAUGGCGCUUGCCGUCGCCGUCAACCCGGUUGCCCAGGGUCCUGGAAUCAUCCGCGAUCCUGCCUGUGGCUCUCUCUGCGCCUUCACUGAGCCGCCUUGUCCCAAGGCUAUCUGCCACGAAGUCCUUCUUGGCAACGGCAAGUGCAAGGCCAUCUUCACCGUUCCGAAGGUCAAUAAGGCCGACUCCAUCGAUGUCGAGGGCGCGGUCUCCUCGGUUGUUGAAGUCAAGCAAAGCAAGAAGAGUGUCGACAACAUUGCCAAGGGUGACAUCAACGCCGACGAUUCUUUUCUUACCAGAGACACCAUCAAUCCCAUCAUCAACCACUUCAGCACCUCUUCCUUCGCCAAGCGUCACAUUUUUGAGAAAAGCGAGAAGUCCGCGAAGGUCUGUCAGGGUCAAGGCGUUACCUGCUACAACCGCGACCAGAAGGCCUUGGCUAAGGACUGCAUGGAGAUAUACAAGCAUGUGGGCAAGACAUCCGGCACCUGGACCUUCUCUGACCUUGAUCUUCGUGGCACCAAGUGGGUUGAGUUCAUGCGCAUCGGCACUUGUCUCAUCGCCUUCGGUUCUGAAUUCGCCAAUGUUCAAGGUUCUCCGAUCAAUGGCAUGAGUUCCAAGAUCGGCAACCUCGACAUGUAUGGCAUCUUCGCUCAGAGCUUCCAUCACUGCGGCGAGGACAGCAUGGAAGUCAGAGGCAGUAUCGGCUGCAAGGAGUUUCCACUCAGUUUCUGGAUCGUCGCAACGGACAAGUACGACUGUUGCAAGUCCGACCCGCCUCUGAAGCACGAUUAG